AUGUGUAUUUUAACGGUUGAUGGAAAUUAUGGAUUUAUUAUUAAAGAGCAAGAAAAUGUGACUAUUUCAAAUAACUCAAUGACAAAUCUAUUAAUAAAUUAUACAUAUUUAAACCCCAUAACACCUAAGAUUUCAGAAGGUUCAGUACUUUAUCACGCAAGAAACAAUAGCGAAAUAGCAAACAUUUCAUGUUCGUCAGAAUAUAGUGAACAUGGGAAUGUAUGCGUGUUUACAGAACAGACUACUAAAGAUGCCAAUUCUUCACAAUUUACGACAUAUCAAAUUAAUUUUUUGUCUUCUGGCUCUGUAAUUAAAUUUAAACCUAUAGAUAUUAGUUCAGUUAAUACUUCGCAGUUCGAUAUCAAACCUUCAUUUUUUGGUGGAUAUAUUGUUACUAAUUGGGAAUCAGAACCUAAUUCUGAAUAUGCUUAUACUGAACUUGAAGAAAUUCAAUCAAUAGUAUAUCGAAAUAUGUCUGGAAUUAUUUUUAUGGCUAAUGGCACCGAAAUUAUAUCAUGGAACUUGUCUCAAUUAACUCAACUUGAUCCAAAAAGUCACACUUUUCGAAGUGCGGGGUUUAAUUUAAUGAGAAAUGAUACUUUAAUAUUUUACGUAAGGUAUACUCCUAAUAAAUGGGAAAUCAUUAGUAUAAAUUUGAGAAAUUACAGUAAUUACAAUGAUUAUAAAAAUCCGAAUAUUAUUUCAACAUAUCCCCAGAUCAAUGAACCCAUCGUACCAGGAAAUAUCAAUUCUAUCAACAUAACUUUUUCGAGCAACAUUUCUAGAUCCUCGCCCUCUUUGGAGAAGCUUACCAUCUAUUACCUUAAUGCAAACACCAAUGAAUCAAUAUUCAGAAAAUUUUAUUCGAAUUCAGAAUGUAAAAUCACACAAAAAAAUCUUUCAUGUGAUGUUAUGUCAAGUAUUUUUAAUAAAUGGAAUACUACGUAUAAAAUUGAAAUGGACAAUAAUUUUGUUACGUUUGACUCGACAAAUGAGCCUAUGUAUGGUAUUUCUGAGUAUGGUAUUGAAAAAAAUCAAUGGACUUUUAAAUCAAUUACAUGUGACCCACAAAGUUAUCAAGAAAAAUUUUCAGAUACAACUAUAGGUACUGUACUUGUGAACAAUGUAACAAUUGAUUUGGACUUUCUUAACAACUUAACGGAAGAACUUGUAAAGAGUAUUCCUACGUCUCCAGACAGAAUACAGCAUACAAAUCGAUUUCAAAAAGAUGUAUCAUCGCCUUCUCAAUAUUUAAUACAAUUAAAAAUUUUGAAAGCUAAAGAUCCUACAGAUAUUUAUUCUACAUAUGGAUUCAUAGAGAACGUAAAUUUAUGGGAUGAAAUUAAAUCCAAAUUACUCGGAUUAUUAAUUGGAUUCAUUAUUUUAACUCCCAUCAUUUUGUGGGCUCGUUAUAAAUAUCCGGAGGGACAAAACUUUAUGAUACUUAGUGUAAUAAUUAUUUUGUUUGAUUUUGUUAUGGAUGUUUUAUUUAUUGCAAUAAAUGGAAGAGAUGUUUCACGGCCGAAUCUUUAUAUACCCAGUUCUAUUGCUUUAUUGAAUGAUGUUAUAUUAAAAUUAUUUAAAUUUUUUGGUACCGAUAAUGAACCUUUAUAUGAAAGUUAUGUUACCAAUAAUCUUCAAUUAGAAAGUGAAGAAAAUGAUGUUUAA